GGGACGGCUGCGUCACUCGGCGGUGGAGAUGGUGCGUGUGUGUGGGGGGCGGGGGAAACGCUGGGCGCGUCCCCGGGGUCACGUGGUGCGCAGCGCGCACAGUCCUUCUGUCGGUUGGUCUGGAGCGGCGCAGCAGGAGCGGGGCCGUGAGGAGGAUAAAAGCAGUCCCGUUGAUGACUGAAAAUGACCAAGCACCCACCUAACAGACGAGGAAUCAGCUUUGAAGUGGGAGCCCAGUUGGAAGCUCGGGACCGUUUAAAAAACUGGUAUCCGGCUCAUAUUGAAGACAUUGACUACGAAGAAGGGAGAGUUCUCAUCCAUUUCAAGCGUUGGAACCAUCGUUAUGAUGAGUGGUUUUGCUGGGACAGUCCUUAUCUACGCCCUUUAGAGAAGAUCCAGCUGAGGAAAGAGGGUUUACAUGAAGAGGAUGGAUCUUCUGAAUUUCAAAUAAACCAGCAAGUGCUUGCUUGCUGGUCUGACUGUCGAUUUUAUCCAGCCAGAGUCACUGCUGUGAACAAGGAUGGUACUUACACUGUGAAAUUUUAUGAUGGAGUAGUUCAAACUGUCAAACAUAUUCAUGUCAAAGCUUUUUCCAAAGAUCAGAAUAUUGUGGGUAAUGCUAGGCCUAAAGAAACAGACCACAAAAGUCUUUCAUCGUCUCCUGAGAAACGAGAGAAGUUUAAAGAACAGAGAAAAAGCAACGUGAAGAAAGACAAAGUGGGAAAAGCCUUAAAGACAGAGAAGCGGCCCAAGCAGCCCGACAAGGAGGGGAAGCUGAUCUGCUCAGACAAAGGCAAAGUGUCAGAGAAAAGCCUUCCCAAGGACGGGAAGGAAGAUAAGGAGAACAUUUCCGAGAACGAGCGGGAGUACUCUGGGGAUGCCCAGGUGGAAAAGAAGCCUGAGAAGGACCUUGUGAAGAGUCCACAAGAGAACCUGAAGGAGCCAAAAAGAAAACGAGGCAGACCCCCUUCCAUAACUCCUACUGCUGUGGAUUCAAACUCUCAAACUUUGCAACCAAUAACAUUGGAAUUGAGAAGACGGAAAAUAUCAAAACGAAGUGACACCCCAUUAAAGCGUCCCAGACUUGACAAAAAUUCAUCCCAGGAACAGUCAAAAAAACGCUCUGAAAAUAGUGACAAAGACUUAUCCAGGAGACGGUCCUCCAGGCUAUCCACUAAUGGGACUCGUGAGAUCCUAGAUCCUGACUCGAUUGUACCUGAUCUGGUUCAUACAGUUGAUACAAACCCUCUACCGGGCAAGUCACCCAGUGCCAAGGAUUCUUCUACUGAAGGUCAGUUGAAGUCUCCAUUGGAAGCUGGCCAGGUCUCUUCUGCAUUAACUUGCCACCCCAUUGGGGAUGGCCUGGGGGCUGCAGACUUGGAGUUGAAUUGUAAGUCAAUGGGAGAAAACACGAUGAAAACAGAACCUGUUUCUCCUCUUGCUGAGGUGCAGGAAGUUUCAACUGUUGAAGUUCCAAGUACUUUGAAGAAAACAGAUGACUUUGUGACGUUGAAUGUGCCAGCUGUGGACCUAGACCACAAGUUUCGAUGCAAGGUUGUGGACUGUUUGAAAUUUUUCCGCAAGGCUAAAUUGCUGCACUAUCAUAUGAAGUAUUUCCAUGGGAUGGAGAAAUCACCAGAGCCAGAGGAAGGCCCAGGGAAGACGCAUGUACAGACUCGGGGCUCUGCAGUGCCUGACAAGGCCAGCCAGGAGAGCCUAACCAGGAAGCGGGUCUCUGCCAGCUCCCCCACUGCAAAAGAGAAGGAAAAGAAUAAAGAGAAGAAAUUCAAAGAACUUGUGAGAGUGAAGCCAAAAAAGAAGAAGAAAAAGAAAAAGAAAACCAAGCCUGAAUGUCCCUGCAGUGAGGACAUCAGUGAUACUUCCCAGGAACCUUCUCCACCCAAAACAUUUGCUGUCACCAGGUGUGGGUCCUCACACAAGCCUGGGGUCCAUAUGAGCCCGCAGCUCCAUGGUUCAGAUAAUGGAAACCACAAAGGGAAAUUGAAAACCUGUGAGGAGGAUAAUUUGAGCGAGUCCUCUUCUGAGAGCUUUCUUUGGAGCGAUGAAGAGUAUGGUCAGGAUGUUGAUGUGACCACCAACCCAGAGGAGGAGCUUGAGGGCGACGGCCACUAUGAUUUUGAGGUGGUCCGCUGCAUCUGUGAAGUGCAGGAGGAAAAUGACUUCAUGAUUCAGUGUGAAGAGUGCCAGUGCUGGCAGCACGGGGUCUGCAUGGGCUUACUGGAAGAAAAUGUGCCCGAGAAAUACACUUGCUAUGUUUGCCAAGACCCUCCAGGUCAGAGGCCUGGCUUCAAGUACUGGUAUGACAAGGAGUGGCUAAGCCGGGGACAUAUGCAUGGUUUGGCAUUUCUGGAACAGAACUACUCCCAUCAGAAUGCCAAGAAGAUCGUGGCUACCCACCAGCUGCUCGGGGACGUUCAGAGAGUGAUCCAAGUGCUGCACGGCCUGCAGCUCAAGAUGAGCAUCCUACAAAGCAGAGAGCAUCCUGAUUUGCAGCUAUGGUGCCAGCCCUGGAAACAGCACUCCGGGGAGGGAAGAGCACAUUCCAGGCACAUCCACAUCACAGACACCAGGAGCGAGGAGUCCCCAAGCUAUAGAACUUUGAAUGGGGCGGUGGAAAAGCCAUCGCCCCUGCCCCUGUCUGUGGAGGAGUCCUACAUCACCAGUGAGCACUGCUACCAGAAACCUCGCGCCUAUUACCCUGCUGUGGAGCAGAAGCUGGUGGUGGAGACGAGAGGCUCUGCCCUUGAUGCUGCAGUCAGCCCCCUCUGUGAGAACGGCGACGACUCCCUCUCCCCUCGCCUAGGCUGGCCCAUCGACCAAGACAGGAGCAGAAGGGACAUAGAUCCCAAACCCAGCUCCCCAAAGGUGAGGGAGUACAUUUCCAAGAAUGUCAUGCCAGAAGAAAGCCCUGCUCGGAAGCUGCUGGACAGAGGUGGAGAAGGGCUGGUGAGCUCUCAGCACCAGUGGCAGUUCAACCUGCUCACACACGUGGAGUCCCUUCAGGAUGAAGUAACGCACCGGAUGGACUCGAUUGAGAAGGAGCUGGACGUGCUGGAGAGCUGGCUGGACUACACUGGGGAGCUGGAGCCCCCAGAGCCACUGGCCAGGCUUCCACAGCUCAAGCAUUGCAUCAAGCAGCUGCUGACUGACCUGGGCAAGGUGCAGCAGAUUGCUCUCUGCUGCUCGACAUGAAAUGGCCACCCGAGACAUUUGGAGCACACGCCUGGCACAUCUGCCAGGGGAGCUUCGCAUAUUUAAGUAAAUAAACUUAGCAUGCUGGAUGCACGUGACACUGACUGACUUCAGGGAUUUGGCCAGGAGUGUGAUGGACAUGGGGACAGAGAGACCGUUUGGCUGCUGGAGGACAGGGCACUCUUGAUGUGGAAGCCGACUGCAAAGGCAGCGCGUAGUCUUAGAAUCCCGUUCUGUGCACAUCAUUGAACGAAGCAAGUCUUUGCACAUCUUCAAUUGGAAUCGUGCCACUGAUGAUAAACAAAAUGAGAGCCAAAAAAAACCAAAAAUCUAGUAGGAGGCAGUUGUAAAUUCGAUUUGCAGUUUAUUUAAUUGACUUUUGAGUCAGGUAGAGACAUGUGCCAGCCCCUCCGGUUUCUCUGCCUGGUGUGUCGUGUGGGCAGCAGGCACCCACUGCUUUCAUCCCUCAGCCUCACUGGAAUGCUGGGACUUCACUGUGCCGUGCAGUUUUUUGAAGGCUGGGUCCUUACUGCUCUGCUUCCUCAAGACUUCAUUUUCUCACCUCGUCUCUUGCAUGGUUUCACGGUACCAGGGACAAGGUUUUAGGUUUUAACUCCAGAGUCAGCUGGGCUGUGGCUUCAGCAGCCAAGUGAAACUGCUAAAGGAGGAGCUAGAAUCUUGAUGUAAUGAGAAUCUACAAGGAAUUCCAGAAGGAAGCAGUCAGGGUCUGGAACCCAAAGGACAACAUUUUCUACCCACUUAUUAAACUGCUUCCCAGUUCUAUUUAAAGUUAUGAAAAAAAGUUUUCCAAAAUUUUCGAACUCUUUUACUGUAAAGAUUUGUUACAAAGAACAUGGGAAUUACCUUAUUUUAUGUCUCAUCAGCAAACUUGCAAUUCUGUUGCUUGUUUCCCUCCUCCCUAGAGGCUCCACGGUAACACUUUUGAUUCCCUGUCUGUAUUACUUGAUGAGAUGAAGGUAAUUAUGCUGCUUAUGGUCCAGGUACAACCUCUUUGUUCCUUCACAGAGCUGUUUGUGUUGUUUCUUGUCUCGCAGGUUCUGGUCCCGCGUGUCAUUGCUAUGUUGUUUGGUUGGUUUUAUCUUACUAGGUGAAAUGUCAAAGGUUCCGUGCUGUGAGGACUUCAUUUUCACCAGUUUUUGCAUCACUAACGGUAAACUUUGUUUGAUUUAUCCAUCAACACCCACAGAUUCAUUAUCAGUUUUGGAAUCUGUAAUGUUCUAGGCUGCAAAUAUCUACUAUGUAAACAUCAAGGAGCCAAUGUCAGCAGCUACCAACAGCAGCACCUCUAGGUGCCUUGGGAAUGGUUAAGUUUCAGGCUUAACAGGCCAUCGUGGCCAUAAAUUCAGGCUUGUGUACAGAGAAGUUUGAGGGAAUAAAUGCCCUGUCUAGAGAUCUGUUCACCAUCUGAUAUAAAUGAGCUGUAGAGCAAGCAUGAAUUGACCUGGUAUAGCUUAGGGAAUGUGUGAUACGGAAUUAAGCCAGCACAGUCCCUUACAGGAGGCUGUUUCCUACUGCUCACAUUGAUGCUUUCUUGUGGGAAGAAGUGCUCCAAGAGUAUACAUGCCAUCAGGGUUCUGGAUAAUUUAUCAUAUAGCUACAUUUUGAGACUUGUAUGAUGAUUGUCUGAAAGGGAAAGAAACAAGAUAAUUAUAGCUACAACUGUGUGAGGUAUGAUGAUUGUUAUAUUAGAUACUAAUUUGGGGGCCAUCAAAGUGGCUUAGUUGGGAGAGGUGCUUGCCACCAAGCCUGCUGACCUGAGUUCCAGCCCCAGGACCCAAUAGAGAGUAUUGACACCUUCAAGUUGUUCUAUGACACACAUACAAGCAAAUGUAAUAAAGGAUUUUAAAUUGAGGUUUUUCUUUUAUGUAACUACUCUUAAGUAUCACGUCUGGGGAAGCUGUAACCUUUUGUGUCCUUCAGAGAAGGAAACCGAAACUGAUGCUAAUCUUGCCCUGUGGUCCUUACUGGGUUUAUCAUUUAGGUUUUGUAAAGGACAUAAUCUGGUUUCAUUGUGACUUUUGUUUUUAGGGAAACAAAACAGACUCCCCAUAUUCUGAUAACCUCAGUUCUUCCCUAACUUAAAGCCAUGUUGAGGGGCUCCACUCCCAGUUCCUGGGUCAAAGUGAAUUCACCCCUAAGUUGGAGCACUGGAAUCUGUUCUUUGCAAGCAAUGUUAUCAUUUAGAAAGAUGUGCACUACCUACGUUCUGUCUGUUAAAAAGCCUAUCCACCUAUAGAAAGUCGCUGUGACAAAACAGCUCUGGUUUGAUCAGUCAUUCUUCAGUAUAUAUGCAAGGUGGAUCCUGGCUGAGCCAACAUUGCACUGUGGAUACGUAUCUGUGUUUACGCGCUGUUAGACAGAAGGCACUGUACAUAGGAGUGUUGCUUUCAGCAAUAUUUGCAAAACAUGCAAACUUCUGUAUCUGGAAAAAUAAAAACAGGUUCUUGUUGCUA